AAUAACAUGUUCAAAACUUAUUUGCCUUUUGUUUUUUAGUUAAUUUCAUAGUUUAUUAUUCAAAAUGUAUAGUGGGAUUAAGAGUUUAUUUAUAUUUUUCUUUUUUAAAAAUUUAGUGAAUAAUUUGAAGAUAUAUUUGAAAAAAUUGAUUCCGUUAAAUCCUUUAAAAUGUUCGGAUCAGGGUCUUGCGUUCACCAUGUCAACAACCAGGGGGCAAAUCCUUUCAGGAACAGAUAUUGCACGGGAAAUUCGUGAAAAUUUGAAAAAAGAUGUGGAAAAAUUAAAGUGUUUGCUCCCAGACUUUAAGCCAGGUUUGGCUAUUGUUCAAGUAGGAGGAAGAGAGGAUUCUAAUGUAUAUAUUCGAAUGAAAAUAAAGGCUGCAAGUGAGAUAGGAAUUCAUUCAGAACAUGUGAAAUUACCAAGAAAUACAACAGAAAAUCAAUUACUUUCAAAACUAGAACAGUUGAAUAAUGAUCCCAACAUUCAUGGUAUCAUUGUACAGAUGCCAUUGGAUUCAGAAAAUGAAAUUAAUUCUCAUCUUAUAACAGAUUCUGUUUCACCUGAAAAAGAUGUAGAUGGCUUGAACACCAUCAAUGAAGGGAAAGUAGCAGUUGGGGACCUAUCAGCUUUCAUUCCAUGUACUCCAAAUGGAGUUAUAGAAUUGGCAAAGCGAUCAGGGAUCAAACUAGCUGGUGCAGAGGCAGUAGUUCUGGGAAGAAGUAAAAUAGUAGGAACCCCAGUAUCAGAAUUAUUGAAAUGGAACCACUCUACAGUUACAGUUUGUCACUCAAAAACGAAAGAUUUGAAAGAAAAAUGUCAAAAAGCAGAUAUAUUGGUUGUAGCAAUUGGCCAACCAGAACUUGUGAAAGGUGAUUGGAUUAAACCAGGAGCUGUUGUUAUCGAUUGCGGAAUAAAUGCAAUUCCAGAUCCAUCAAAAAAAUCAGGGCAGAGGUUGGUUGGUGACGUUCAAUACGAAGCGGCAGCAAAAAACGCAUCUUACAUUACACCAGUACCUGGAGGCGUAGGGCCAAUGACAGUUGCUAUGUUGAUGAAAAAUACCGUCCAGAGUGCUCAAAAAGCUGCCGCUAAUUUGUUGAAAACAUCAUGGAACUUGAGAUCUCUUCCUUUAGAUAUCAAAAGACCUGUACCAAGUGACAUCGAAAUAGCCAGAGCUCAAGAACCAAAGAACAUAACUCAAUUAGCCCAAGAAAUUGGUUUAUGUCCAAAUGAAGUUUCCCAGUAUGGAACAAAAAAAGCAAAAAUAUCUCUGUCUGUCUUGAACAGAUUGCAAUCAAGAAAAAAUGGCAAAUAUGUGGUUGUUGUAGGAAUUACCCCCACACCUUUGGGCGAAGGAAAAAGUACCACACUUGUUGGUCUAGUGCAAGCCUUGACAGCUCAUAAAAAUCUCAAUGCCUUUGCUACCUUGAGACAACCUUCUCAAGGUCCCACAUUUGGAAUUAAAGGUGGCGCUGCUGGCGGAGGUUACUCGCAAGUGAUACCUAUGGAGGACUUCAAUUUGCAUCUGACAGGAGAUAUUCAUGCUGUUUCAGCUGCCAAUAACCUUCUAGCAGCACAGCUAGAUGCUAGAAUGUUCCAUGAGGCUACUCAAGAUACCAAAGCACUUUAUAAUAGACUUGUACCAACCAAAAGGGGCACAAGAAAAUUCAGUAAUAUUCAAUUGAGAAGACUUCAAAAACUUGGGAUCAACAAAACGGACCCCAACACUUUAACACCUGAAGAAGAAGAAAAAUUUGCAAGACUCAACAUUGACCCAAACAAUGUUAUUUGGAAAAGAGUUGUGGAUAUAAAUGAUAGAUAUUUACGUAGAAUAACUGUUGGUCAAUCACCCACUGAAAAAGGGUAUACGAGAGAAACGAGUUUUUCAAUUAGUGUAGCGAGUGAAAUAAUGGCUAUACUAGCCUUAGCCAAAGAUAUGACAGAUUUUAAGCAGCGUUUGUCAAACAUGGUUGUUGCUUUUGAUAAAAAUGGAAAUCCUGUCACCGCUGAUGAUCUAGGUGUUACUGGAGCAUUAUUAGUGUUAUUGAAAGAAAGUAUAGAACCCACCUUGAUGCAAACCUUAGAAGGAAGUCCUGUUUUAGUCCAUGCAGGACCUUUUGCAAAUAUUGCACAUGGAGCAUCAUCAAUAAUUGCAGACAAAAUUGGUCUUAAAUUAGUGGGAGAAGAAGGAUUUGUUGUUACGGAAGCAGGUUUUGGUUCUGACAUAGGGAUGGAAAAAUUCUUUGAUAUUAAAUGCAGAGCAUCUGGAGAAGUUCCAAAUGUAGUUGUCUUGGUUUGUACUGUUAGAGCUUUGAAGAUGCACGGAGGUGGACCAGCUGUCACCCCUGGAGCUACAUUGAAACCAGAAUAUUAUCAAGAAAACUUGGAAUUGGUCCAAAAAGGCUUAUGCAAUUUAAUCAAACAUAUCAGCAAUGGAAGAAAAUUCGGUGUUCCAGUAGUUGUAUCAAUCAAUAGACAUGAAACAGAUACAGAAUUAGAGUUAGAACUAGUUCGUAAAACAGCUUUGGAAAAUGGUGCUUUUGAUGCUGUUAUUUCAACUCAUUGGUCAGAUGGUGGAUCUGGUUGUUCAAAACUUGCAGAUGCUGUUGUUAAAGCUUCCAAAGAACAGAGCAAAUUUGAAUUUUUAUAUGCCCUAGAUAUGCCAAUCAAGAGUAAAAUAUCUAAAAUUGCCACAGAAAUGUAUGGAGCUGGAAAUGUUUCCUAUUCUGAAAGUGUGUCACAGAAAAUUGUGAAUUAUGAAAAACAGGGCUUUGGUACUUUGCCCAUAUGUAUGGCUAAGACAUCCAAUUCUCUCACUGGUAAUCCUAAUAUUAAGGGAGCACCCACUGGUUUCACUUUAGACAUACAAGAUAUCACUGUAUCUGUAGGUGCAGGAUUUAUAAUUCCGAUUUCUGGAGAGAUUUCUACUAUGCCUGGGCUGUCGACAAGACCUUCUAUUUAUGACAUAGAUCUGGAUACUGAGACUGGAGUUGUUGAAGGACUAUUUUAAAUUGUUAUAAAUUAUCCCCAAACAAUGAACCAAAAUGAUAACAAAAUAAAUUCUCAAUUAUU